AGGCAAAGCACAAAUCGAGAACAGCGGUUUCAGGAUUUUCCGUUAUUAAUUAUGGUUUUCAAUAUAAUAUUAUGAUUAUUUGUUAUUUGAAUUGGUAAAUAUUUUGUGUUUCUAAUUUCACUUUCACAGUUUCACUUUUAAGCUUCUUUUCGUCGAGACUGAAUGUACUAUUCGUAAUUUGUUGUGUAAUAAUUUAUACUUCAAAUACAAACAUAACACAAUGGCUACCAAACAACAGAGCCAAAACGCCAUCACUCUCAAAGGAUCUGCGAAAUUGGUUAUGGACUAUUUAAAUUUUGGAAUAAACAGUAUUCUUUUUCAACGGGGAAUAUACCCACCGGAAUCGUUCAAAACAGAAGAACAUUUUGGUCUGUCGAUUCUUGUGUCAACCGAUAAUAAAAUUCAACAGUUCCUUCAACCCGUUCUCAACCAAAUGAAAGAUUGGUUGUUAGAACAAAAAAUUCAAAAGAUGUCAAUGGUUAUAUCGAAUGUUAAUACCAAAGAAGUGAUGGAACGCUGGGACUUCAAAUUGCAGUAUGAAGGAUCUGGGGAUUCAAACCCAGAUUCAGUUGGAAAUAAAGAGCUAACAACAAUCCAAAAAGAAAUUAGGGACGUACUGAGGCAAAUUUGUUCUACUGUUAGUUUUUUACCUUUACUUGACUGUCCAUGUGCUUUCGAUUUGCAAAUAUACACUAAACCUGAUGUAGAUGUACCACAAGAAUGGUCUGAAACGGCUCCUAGUUAUAUUGCUAAUUCUCAGGAGUUACAGUUACGAUCAUUUUCAACUUCAUUGCAUAGAAUGGAUACUGUUGUGAGUUAUAAAGCAGACUUUUAAAAAAAAUGCUCUUUGAAGUUUUAAUCAAACUAAUUAAGUUAUUUUUAUACUUAAUUUUAAUUUUAAUGUAAAUGGAUACUAUUUUGUAUACUACAAAUUUCAAGUUAAGUGAUAAUUGGUUUUCUAAUUUUAGAAGCUAAUAUUUUUAUUAAACUACUACUGUUUUAGCUAAUCAUAAGUUAAAUAAUAAUUGUUUUUGUUUAUUCCAUUAAACUAUUUUUCUUAAUCACAAUA